GAUAAGGACAACGCGGGCUCCUCAGCAGCACUGGGACUAGGCACCGCCGCAAGCACGCCCCUUACCUUGAACGCGAACGAUAUCCUACCUUGCAGAGCAGCUCAACAGUGCUCGAGCCGCACAGCUGCUGCUCCAACGCAAUCGCGAAUUUUUUUCCUGAAAAACAUUGUUGCACCUUUCAUUAAACGUGGACCUAACACCACCUUACUACCUUGACAUGGGAGACAUGGGGGAUCCGCCUAAAAAAAAACGACUGAUUUCUUUAUGCGUUGGAUGCGGAAAUCAAAUUCAAGAUCAGUAUAUUCUGAGGGUCUCUCCAGAUCUAGAAUGGCAUGCAGCAUGUUUGAAAUGUGCAGAAUGCAAUCAAUAUUUGGACGAGUCUUGCACCUGCUUUGUUAGAGACGGGAAAACCUAUUGCAAAAGGGACUACAUCAGGUUAUAUGGGAUCAAGUGCGCUAAAUGCAACAUAGGUUUCAGCAAGAAUGAUUUCGUCAUGAGAGCGCGCUCCAAGGUGUACCAUAUCGAGUGUUUUCGGUGUGUGGCCUGCAGCCGGCAGCUUAUCCCCGGGGACGAGUUUGCUCUAAGAGAAGAUGGCCUGUUUUGCAGGGCAGACCACGACGUUGUGGAGCGGGCAACAAUGGGGGCAGGGGACCCCCUUAGUCCACUACACCCCGCAAGACCUUUACAGAUGGCGGCAGAGCCCAUAUCUGCCAGACAACCUGCACUUCGCCCGCACGUUCACAAGCAGCCGGAGAAAACGACUCGGAUUAGGACGGUACUCAACGAGAAACAGCUUCACACUUUGAGAACUUGUUACAACGCCAACCCGAGACCAGACGCCCUCAUGAAGGAGCAGCUGGUGGAAAUGACGGGCCUUAGUCCCAGAGUCAUCAGGGUCUGGUUUCAAAAUAAGCGAUGCAAGGACAAAAAGAGGAGUAUUCUAAUGAAACAACUCCAGCAACAGCAACCCAAUGACAAAACGAAUAUCCAGGGGUUGACAGGGACUCCUAUGGUGGCUGCUAGUCCAGAGAGACACGACGGUGGUUUGCAGGCAAACCCAGUGGAGGUGCAGAGUUACCAACCGCCUUGGAAAGUACUGAGCGACUUCGCACUGCAGAGUGACAUAGACCAGCCUGCAUUUCAGCAAUUGGUCAGUUUUUCGGAAGGAGGACCGGGUUCUAAUUCGACCGGGAGUGAAGCUGCAUCCAUGUCAUCUCAGCUGCCAGAUACACCAAACAGCAUGGUAUCGAGUCCUAUAGAGGCAUGAAAGGGUGGAUUUAUAACCCAUUUCAAAUGCCCGAAUAUAGGAGGCGUUGGAAAACGGGACAUAUGAACUACGGCCCAGACCAGUGGUGCGAUCUGGUUUUUACAUACAAAAGUGAACUUAUCAACUGCACGAAGCCUCUUUAUUUAAACAACCGCUGGUUUUAUGUGUGUACACUGUGAAGACAAUCAUGGGAAUAACCAAGGAGCCAAAACCUGCUUCGACAACAUCCAAGAAAUCGUUCUGAAUAACCUACGAGAAGAUGUCCAUGGUGUAAAUGCUAUGUGCUGCACGGAAACAGAGAAUAUGUGCAAGCAUUUUGACAAGAACAAAUGGAUAGGCAUUGUCUCAUCAUGUUUAAAUUGGUCGGCCUGUUAGGAUGGUUACAGCCCUGUCAAAAAAAGGAAGAAGAAAAAAAACAAAAACAAACGGAAAGUCCGUUGGCCUAUUUGAAAUCGGUACCUAAGGUACAGGAUAUAUGAUGGUGCAAUCUGAAAUUCAGAUUGACACAUCCUUGCGCGCAAUGUUUGAUUUUCAACCCAAGGACGCAUCAGUGCCGUUUCAUGAGAUCACAAACCACAACAUAACGUUUGGAUGGGGAUCGCGGAUAGGCCUAUCCCUUGUCAUCUUGUGUUGAAUUAUCUCUUUAAAAGCCCAAGUACUAAAGCAUUUCAACAAGGUAUACCUCUAUUUUGCCACAAGCUUCAUGGGAAUAUUGUGUGUGAGUUUGUGUCCAUCCAAUGACCUUUUCCCAAAGAUGUGUAGAUAUUGGUUAAAACGUUGAUUAGUUCUGGAUUUUUGUUCUGUCCUUGAACGGCAAAAAUAAAAUAUAUAGAUAAUUUAUUAUUUAUUGUCGAAAGACGUGCCACUUUUCAUAUAUCUCUGUUUGCUGAAGAAAAACGACAAGCCGUGGUCUGAAUUAUCUUAGAAUUGUCUUUGCGUGGUCUUUGAAUUAUCUGUCUAAUUUUUCGUGUCCUGUCCUUUCUUGAAGACUAUGUAAACAAGGCCAUAUGUCGAAAUAUCUCGCCAGGACUAUUUCACAAUAAAAAUUUUGACAGAAGUCAAAAGUUUAUAUUAUUUAAAGUUUUUUAUUUAUUUUUUAAUUUGUUGUAAUUUGACAGUAUAAACACGUAAAUUCAGAAUUCUCAAGUGGGCUAUUUCUCACAGCAUUCAAAUUCAUUAUGAAACCUUCAGCGUUAUCGCAUAUUUGGUUUGUUACAGUAUACCAAAAAAGAAGGUAAUCUUCCCUUUGCACUUUGCCUUUAAUUUUAACAUUAAAUUUUUGUUUCGCUCUUAGCCCCAACAACAAUUAACGUACAUGUCUUGGAACACUUCUCAAAAAGUAAAUUUGUGAAAAUAAUUAGAUAUACGUGAAAAUUGUAAGAUAAAAUAAACUAUAGGCUAAUCAAAACAGUUCUGGCUAUAGGUCCAUAAGACUUGGUAAUGAAUUCCAUACAUGCAACUUUAAUAAUAAGGAUAUUAUGAAAAAUGAUUCCUGUAUUCUGAGAAAAGUAAUUUCUACCAAUGGUUAAGCCAUUGUAAUUUUUUUUCAUUGGUUAUGAAGUUUUAAAAUCAUUAAUUGAGGCAGACCAAAUAGCGUAUACAUUAAUUGUGCCCAAGUUUGUGUUUGUGGUGCAUUAUGGUGAAGUUGCAAUGCAGCAAAUGCUGAAUCGAUGGAACAAAGUGAUGUUUUAAAACCGAUUUUAUUUCACCUUGCUUACAUUUAUAUCAUUGACGUGAAAAUGUAUCUUAACAGAUGUGUCACUGUAAUGUCUCAAUGCCGAUGGAAUGAACUGUUGGUUAUCUGCAAGUCAUGGCUCAUGGAAUAGGAGGUCCCGUAAAUUAAUUCGCUCAUUCAUUCAGCUCAUUGCAAAAACGAAUGACAAAAUGCAAGCACAAAUCGUCUAAAAUAAGUAAAGGCAUGGACACACAAUUUUACAAUUCUUAAAAAGGAAUUCAUGCAAAUCUCCAUAUAGUAGGAUACAUCAUAAUGACUUGUCUAUAACCCAUCCCGAUAAAAAAAAAAUAUAGAAUAACCACGCCAAAACAAGUCGGCAGGCAUACUUAAAUACCCCUGUUUAUUUGUUAUUUUUGUUUUGUGUGUGUGCGUGCGUGUGUGUGUAAUUGUAUUUUUUUCUGCAAUUGACUCCACUAAUAUAACAAGUUUAAGGAGAAACUUGAUACUGUGAUACACACAUAUGCACGCCGGCAUGUGCAGCGUGCGAAACUACGUUAAUUAAAGCCGCCCUGUCCCGCCGUCUUGUCCAGUGCCACCAUGUGCUGUAACGGUGUCUCAAGCACUCUUUGAUUAAAAGUAACCUAUUUGAUUAAACUGUGCUGCGUCCUCAAAGCUUAAAUUAUGUCAGUUGAACAAUAUUUGUUCCGCCUUUUCCAUAAAUUAGCCGAAUUAGGGAAUGCCCUAUGGAUUUCCGAAAGCAGGGGUCUUAAACUCAAAUCCUGGAGGGCCGCUAUGUGUGCUGGUUUUUGAUGUGUCGCUUAAAUGUAAUCGCUGGUUGGCUAAGGAGUCUGCCCACGUUGUUUCCAAGGUCUAAACAGGCUGCUGAUUGACAGAGAAAUAGCAAAAACCAGCAGAGUCUGUAGCCUUCCAGGACUGGAGUUUGAGGCCCCUGGCUUCCCCAAAUGGGUAAGCCCAGCCCUGUUUCUGGAGAUAUGCCUUCUUCCAGCUCUUCACUCCAACCCUAACAGAGCACUCCUCAUUCAGCAGCUAGAAAUCUAAUUGAACUGCUGAUUAGUAGAACCAGGUCAGAUCGGUUAGUGUUGAAAUAAAAACCUAUUGAAAAAAAGAGGGUUGGGCAGCCCUGGGCAAGAAAAUAAGGACCCUUACCUUUUCAUUUCCUUCUGAAAUUGUUCAGGUGGGUGAAACACAAAGACUCGUCCAAGUUAUGAUGACGUCCUUUGUCCAGGGUAGUGCAAGGAUGGCUGUAUUUUUUUUUUUCUGGAUUUCAUUUCAACUUAACCUUUUACAUGACCUGAUUUUAUGUACAUGUCUUGAAUGGCAGCAGAAGACUGUUGUGUCACUGUAUGAAACAUUUUACGGCGAGAUACCAGUAAUCUAUAACUGAAUGACUUUAGUGUGCUGGCUAAUUGAAUCAGGGUAGUUGGUGGAAAUAAAAACAUGCAUACAAACUGGCCAUCCAGGAAUGGAAUUUGUCUCUUCUGAUCUGAAGACAAAUGUAUUGUAGCUCAUCUCUGUAAUCAGGUGGAUAGUCUUGUAAACCCCCAAGCUAAACAAUCCAUAAAAAAACAUUGCAAGGCCUUCACUUUGAUGUUGGAUUUUGGAUGCUUGAGGGGUUAAAUGGAUUAAAUGGACUGCAUUUAUGUAUGCUUGAGUGGUUGCCUUCACAUAUCCAUGAUGUAUAUUCACAUAUUCAUUCAUGAUUUCCACAGUAGGGGGUUUUAAUUGGAAAGUCUGUAUAGACCAUAUAUUGUUUUACAGAAGGGCAGUUGUGUUUUAUAUAAAAGCACAACUGCAAGCACUGACUUGAAAUACUUUGCCCUUGUGGCCUACAUCAAUUAAGAUAACAAAUGCAAUUGCUUGGAGGGUUCUCACUCCAACCUGAAUUUGGCACACCUGAUUAUACUAACUAGCAGCUCAAUGAGAUCUCUAGUUGGCAAAUGAAGUGUGCUUUGGUAGGGUUGGAGUGAGAACCCACAGGAUGGUACAUCUCUGGGAACAGGGUUGGGGAGCCCUGUCUUUGGCAAUUACCUUUACUCGACCAUUUGGGUGAGAAACCAUACUUUUUUAUUUCUGCUCCCAAAACCCCCACAGAGCUUGUACACAGCUGUGCUGCAGUCAGAAGCUGAACCUGAAUCACGUUUACAUUGAAAAUGUAAUCAUAGUUUCCUUCGUGGACUUCUUUGGGCAUGUCUAACAACAGAAUUGACAAAACAGGUCAGCAAUCAAUCAGCAGUGAGUGUACCUUGUCAUAACUGAGAACAAGAUCCUUGUCACAUCCUCCUUACUGGCUCUUUGUUUUGUUGCUUCGUGAAUUCAAUAUACAGCUUUUAC